AUCCGUUCACGAUCGUUCGAACCAUUUUGAAAUUUCUAGAAUGGCAGAAACUCGGGAUCAUUCUUCUUAUUCUGAUCCAAGCAUUUAUACAACGGAUAAAUUAGAAAUUGAUUGGAAAAUAAAUUUCAACGCACAAACCAUCAGUGGUUCAGUCAAUAUCUUCUUGAAGAAAGUUUGCCCAGACAACCUUAAUCCAAACAUUCUUCUUGAUACAAGGAACCUAAAAAUUCAUUCAGUGCACGUAAAUUCGGAACCAGUGAAAUGGAAUUUAAAACCCAUUACUGUCCAAGCUUUUGGAUCUUGUUUGGAAAUAAUACCAAAUACAGCUUCAAAUAGGUACGAUGUCAAAAUCGACUACGAAACUUCUCCAGAUUCUUCUGCUCUCCAGUGGCUAGGACCACAGCUUACUGCUGAUCGCCGUCAACCGUUCAUGUUCAGUCAAUGUCAAGCUAUUCAUGCUCGUAGUCUUCUACCUUGUCAAGAUACUCCAACUUCAAAGUUUCCUUUCGAAGCUAAGGUAACUGCUCCAAAGGAAACCGUUGUCAUCAUGGGUGCCAAACGAAUUGCGGAGCCAAUUUUGACCGACGAUAAACACAUUACUUACCACUUCAAACAGAGUGUUCCGAUCCCCAGCUAUCUGAUCGCUAUUGCUUGUGGGGAUCUAGCUAGCAGAAAAAUUGGUCCACGUUCGUCUGUAUGGGCUGAACCCAGUAUAGUUGACAAAGCAGCUUAUGAAUUCGGUGAAACAGAACAAAUGAUUUUGGCAGCUGAAAAUAUCUGUGGACCUUAUGUGUGGGAUAUAUAUGAUAUCUUAGUGCUACCGCCGACAUUCCCCUAUGGUGGAAUGGAAAAUCCAUGUUUAACAUUUGUUUCACCAACUUUAUUGGCUGGUGAUCGAUCAUUAGCUAAUGUAAUCGCUCAUGAGAUUGCUCAUUCAUGGACUGGUAAUUUAGUAACAAAUUCAAAUUGGGAGGAUUUUUGGUUAAACGAAGGACAUACUGUGUAUUUGGAACGCUUAAUUGAAGAACACAUUCAUGGGUCGCAUAUGAGACACCUUCAUUUAAGUUUAGGCUACAAGGAACUGUUGGAAGAAAUCAAAAAGCUUGGCGCAUCGAAUCCAAUGACAAAGCUGAUUGUAGACUUGAAAGGUAUUGAUCCAGACGAAGCUUAUAGUCGAAUUCCAUAUGAAAAAGGAUCUCUUUUACUCUACUACUUAGAGACUUUAUACGGAAAAGAAUCUAUGCUGAAUUGGUUAAAAGCUUAUGUGAAACAGUUUUCUGGAAAAUCACUUGAUUCAAAUACUUGGUUGAAAUUUUUAACAAGUCGACUAGGUUCCGAUGUACUUAACCCGAAACAUCAGUUGGAUGCUUGGAUGCAUAGUCCAGGUUUACCCCCAUGGAUACCAAAGUUUGAUGCUGAUGAGUUACUUUCAGAAUGUGACAGUAUGCAAAAAUUACUUACUUCAUCUGAUCUUUGUUCAAAUGUUACUGAAAUGCAAAGUUUGACGCAACUGUGGAAUAAAAUGUCACAUGUACAACGUGAAUUAACUUUGCGCCAUGUUGUCGACUCUGAACCAAUAAAUGUUAAUAAUUUAUGCAAAAUUGAUGAAUUAUUACAGUUAUCUAAACAGAAAAAUGCUGAGAUACGAGUACAGUGGUGUUUAAUUUGCAUUGGUUCCCGUUAUUCACCCGCAUUGGGUCACAUUUUUGAAUUUUUAAACAGUCAGGGUCGUAUGAAGUACACUCGCACCAUAUAUCGCGCUUUAAACGAAUGGCCAGAAGCUAAAGAACUAACAAUAAAAAAUUUCUAUGAACAACGUCCAUUUAUGCAUCAAACAACUGCAAUGCUGGUUGAAAGGGAUUUAAAUCUUCAUGAAAAUGGGGAAACUGUAUCUACUACUUAAAUUCAGAUAAAUUUACAGAUAACAUGUAUAAACUUUGAUGUGCGUUAUAAUUGAUAUUGUUGUUGUAUACCGAUUCAAUAUAUCAUUUCGAUGUUAUGGUAAUAAAUUAUUUCGUUUGGGUUUAUUUUUCAUACAAUAUAAAAUUCUGUUUUUCCAUCAGAAUUAAGUAAUAAGUAUAUAAAAUAAAUUUAUUGUUGUUG